ACAAGCCGUCCGUGUCGUCAACAUUCAGGAGGCGAAAAAUAAGCCUUCCUUAUUUCUCGAUCAAGAUUUCACCGAGCUAGUCGCGUAUGUUUCUACCUGCCUUUUAAUGGUAUUUACCUGUGCCGUGUAUGUGACUUAAUCGUCCGGUGUUACACAGGAUUGCAGGUGGACUGCUUUUACAAGUAGUUGAAGAGCUGGAAGUUUUGUCUGGAAAGCGCUGCUGGAUUUUUUCCCAUGUUGGAAAUGAUUCCGUUCUGGAAAACAACGAGGUUGUUUUGAAAAAGAUCCUUAUCAUGCUGUACUGUGCGGUGUGCUGUACUGAUGCAUGUCUGUGUGUUUAAAGAAUGAAUGUCAUGAACGGAAAGGCGACAAUCUGCCAGGAUGAAACGGUCUGCGCUCUGCAAAUUUACCCCAGGUUGUCCGCCAAACCUGGGCAAGACUGCAUCCUCAGGGUUCCGAAAGAGGCCACAGCCGCCACCGUCAUCAAGACGGCUCUCACUACGCUUGGCUUGGACACAUCUAAACCUCACGUCCUUGUGGAGGUCCAAGAGUACGGCGGAGAAGAAUGGGUCCUACAAGCCUGCGAUCUCCCCGUUCAAAGAGUCCUUCUCUGGCCUAGAAAGGCUCAAGACAGACAUCCUCAAAGUGAUGGAUACUACUUUGCCCUUCAAGAGGGAAGCUAUGACAGAUCCUUGCAUUAUGACAUGUCAUCUGUCCGACGAGAGAAAGUAGCUCAGGGACUUGUAACUCGGGGUUUCGUCUCACAGCAGCCUCAGGAGUAUGACGAUUUAUGCAACCUCCCUGAACUAACAGAGGAGAGCAUCUUGGGAACUCUACGGCAUCGCUUCCACAAGCAGAAGAUCUACACGUUUGCGAGCAACAUCCUCAUCGCCGUUAAUCCCUUCAAGUUUCUCCCCAUCUACAAUCCCAGAUACGUCAAGAUGUAUGAGAACCACACGCUGGGCAAGCUAGAACCUCACGUCUUCGCUAUCGCAGACGCUGCCUUCCACGCGAUGCUGAACAAACGGGUCAACCAGUGCAUCGUCAUCUCCGGGGAGAGCGGUUCUGGUAAAACACAGAGCACCAACUUUCUUAUCCACUGCCUGACCGCCCUCAGCCAGAAGGGAUAUACUAGUGGCGUGGAGCGAACCAUCCUGGGGGCAGGCCCUGUGCUUGAGGCAUUUGGGAAUGCUAAAACAGCAUACAACAACAACUCAAGUCGCUUUGGAAAGUUCAUUCAAGUGAAUUAUCUGGAAAGUGGCGUUGUGAGAGGGGCUGUUGUUGAGAAGUAUCUACUAGAGAAAUGCCGUCUAGUGUCCAGAGGAAAAACUGAAAGGAAUUAUCAUGUUUUUUAUUAUCUUUUGAUUGGGGCCUCAGAAGAGGAGAGAGAUGAGUUUAAGCUCCUGCAGCCUGAAGACUAUCACUACCUCAAAGAGGAAAUGCCAAUUACAGAGGAUCAAGCUGAAAUGACACAUGAAUUCCGGAGACUUCAUCAGGCCAUGGAGAUGGUUGGUUUUCUGCCUCCAACCAAAAAGCAGAUAUUCUCUGUGCUCUCUGCCAUUCUGUACCUGGGAAAUGUGACGUACAAGCCAAAAGAUGUUGGCGAAGGGCUUAAAGUUGGGCCUGAUCAUGUCCUUUCAGCUCUCUCUGACCUUCUCAAGGUUAAAGUGGAGCUGCUUGUUGAAGCACUGACUACAAGAAAAGCAAUGACUGCUAAUGACAAGCUGAUUCUGCCUUACAGCCUCAAUGAGGCUAUUACUGCCAGAGACUCUAUGGCCAAGUCUUUGUACAGUGCCCUGUUUGACUGGAUCGUCCUGCGAAUCAAUCAUGCUCUACUCAACAAGAGAGAUUUGGAGGACUCUGUACCGUGUUUAUCCAUUGGAGUCCUGGACAUAUUUGGAUUUGAAGAUUUCAAGACCAACAGCUUUGAACAGUUCUGCAUUAAUUAUGCUAAUGAGCAACUACAGUAUUACUGCAACCAGCGCAUAUUUACACUGGAACAAGAGGAAUAUCUGGCAGAAGGAAUCACAUGGCACACCGUUGACUUCCCUGACAACAUUGGCUGCAUCAGUCUCUUCAGCAAGAAGCCCACUGGAUUGUUUUUUCUUCUUGAUGAGGAGAGCAAUUUUCCUCAAGCCACAGACAGCACUUUACUAGAGAAGUUUAAGCAGCAACAUCAAGACAACCCGUUCUUUGUGCAGACCCCAGUGCGUGAACCAGCUUUUGUCAUUUUGCAUUUUGCUGGCAAGGUCAAAUACCAGAUAAAGGACUUCAGAGAGAAAAACACGGACCUCAUGAGGCCGGAUAUUGUUGCUUUGCUUCGUAGUAGUGAGUGCAGUUACCUACGGCAGCUGAUCGGGGCUAAUCCAGUGGCUGUGUUUAGAUGGGGGAUCCUGAGGGCCACAAUACGCACACUGGCUGUGUUUAACAAGGCUGGACGAACCUGGGCUGAAAAGCAUCCAGAUCAGAUCAGGCGCUACUCCAGACGCUCGUUAGGAGAAUCGAGGAGGCCCAGCACUACUGUACCUACAAUACAGAGACUGAAGAGCCAGUCUAGGAUUGACUUUUCCUUUGAUCGGUCUGAAGAAGAUCCACUGGAAGCAUUUGAGGACAUUUUUGCAUCAUUUGAAAGCAAGAAGAAGAACAGGCCAAACAAACACAAGCAGCUAAUUCCUAAGAAUCUCAUUGACUCAAACUCUCUGAAGUUCAUCAUGGGCCUGACGCAUCACAACCGGGUGACCAGAUCCCUGCUCCAUCUGCACACCAAGAAGAAACCACCUAGCAUCAGCGCUCAAUUCCAGGCAUCCCUAAGCAAGUUGUUGGAAACCUUGAGGAAAGCAGAACCUUUCUUUGUUCGCUGUAUCAGAUCUAAUGGGGAUAAGAGGGAAAUGCACUUUGAUGAUGCUCUAGUUCUUCAGCAACUGAGAUACACCGGCAUGUUACAAACCGUUCGGAUUAGAAGGUCUGGAUAUGGAGCCAAAUUCACCUUUGAGGAGUUUAUCGAUCAGUUCAGAGUGCUGCUGCCAAAGGAAAUAUCAACACCUCAAGAGGACAUUACUAACCUGCUGACAAAAAUGGGAUUACCCAGCUCCAGUUUUCAGAUUGGCCGGACCAAGGUGUUCUUGAAAGAGUCAGAGAGACAAAUACUUCAGGAAGCCCUUCAUAAAGAAGUCAUGCGGCGCAUUAUAAUUCUCCAGAGAUGGUUUCGAGCCUGUUUGAUGAGGAAACAGUAUCUACGUGGGAGGAAAGGAAUUAUAACAAUACAGCGAUCAUGGCGUUAUGUGCGUGAGACGUACAGAUGCAGAGCUGCUAUUGUGAUUCAGAUUGCAUGGCGAAAGUCCAGGGAGAGAGCAGAGCAAGAAAAACUCAAGGCACAGGCAUUUCAGACAGAUCUGAACGAGACUGAGGAGAAGAAGCCCAGCCAGCCGAAACCACUGCCUUCACUGCCUAAUGAAUCCCGCACAGCUGAAUCAAAGAAGACUAAAGAAACGAGACCACAGUUAAACACAGACGAACCUAAAAUCACAACACAACCUACUCCGGGAAUCACAAAGCAACUUAGCGUUAAAGAGGACCGACUGGGUCGGAGUGAUCGAGGAAUGGUUGGCAAUAAAGAAAGACAUCCCUCUCCUUCAGGCCUCCCUCGGCCUGUGUCUCUACCACUGAACAUGAGCCAAAGCGCCUAUAAUGAUAGUCAACAUGCUGUACAACUACAGCGGCAAAACAAGUCAAACAGGCUGAAGGAGAAGCCGGAGAAGUGGAAGGAGAGGAGUAGUGAUGCCGCUCGUUUGGAGAACAUCGAUGAGAUACAGCGACGAAGCCAGAGGAAAAUAGGUUUCAUAAAUCCUGGUAUUUCUCUGUCUCUGGAUAAUGUGUCCAGGAUGAGCUCUUCAGAGUCCGACAGCUCGGCCUCAUCAUUCAGGAAUGAGGUUAUGGUUGAGAACCGUAAGCGCCUCAAACACAAGCGUCGACUAGCACGCCCCCGCAGCGGGCUGAAGGUGGAUCAUUUGGAUCUAAGUGACUCGGCGUACUGGAGUUUUCCCCUACCUCCCAUAAGCCCCGCUCCUCCCAACCAGUCCGGUAUCCUUGUGGUAGUGGAGGCUGUGAUGCAGUCAUCUGUAGAAUCCGAUGGAUGUUUUCCAUUCUCCAAUAGAUCACCAAGUGAGGAAGUGAUUGCACCAUCCAUAACACCAGAAAGGAAGGGAUUUCUAAAGUUUUUUAAGAAGCGCUCAACACCCCAGGAUGGGAAUAUUACUAUGGCGAAGACUUUGGCAGAAAAAGAUGAACUAGCCAGUGGAUAUCAGUCCAAUUCUCCACGUGCCAAAAACUCAGGCACAUAUCCUGGAGCCCGUCGCAACCCCACCAUUAAAAUCAGCCGGGCUACUCGUACCCAGGUGCAGUGGAAUGCUUCGCUGGACAGAGAGAUCACCGACACCAAUGAACUUCGCCACCUGGAUGAGUUCUUAGGAAAUCAGAUGAACGAUCUAAGCACCCGCUCUAAGGAGCUCUCGGAGACGGAAAAAAUCUUCUUUACAGCCACAACACAGUUCAGAGAGACCAUCAAAAGCAUGUACUCCAUUUCUAAUCCCAAUAUUGGCUAUAAAGUCCUGAUGUCUGGUUACCAGAAAAAGGUGGACAGUCUUGCAGGGAAGAACAAAGCAUCCGAGGUGCCGCUGGUGGUAAAUCUUUUCCAAUCAGUUCUGGAUGGAUUUAUCAGGGGCGAGCUCAAACGAAUAGACGCAGAGCCUUGUAAGGUUAAAGAACGAAAUAGAAGAAAAUCUAAAAGAGAGGCACAUCCUGCCAGCCCACAUGGACACUCAUUUAGCACAUACCAGGUCACUAUUAUGCAAUCAUGUGACCAGUGCACCUCAUACAUAUGGGGAAUGGAAAAGGCCUUCAUGUGCAGCUCUUGCAAAAUGGUGUGUCAUAAGAAGUGUCUGAGCAAGAUAACAAUGAAUUGCACAGCUCACUAUGGCAGAAAGAAAGAAGGUGAGCACAACCUCCACUUUGGCGUUCCUGUCUGUGCCCUGGUCCACACAGCAGACUCUGUGCCCUUCGUCAUAGAGAAGAUGCUAGUACAUGUUGAAAUGAAUGGACUGUACACAGAGGGCAUCUACCGCAAGUCUGGUGCCGCAUGCCGAGCCAAAGAGCUUCACCAAAAACUAGAGAAAGAUCCACACACUGUCAGUCUUGACACUUACCCCAUCCACACUGUCACCGGCCUGGUCAAACAGUGGUUACGGGAAUUACCCGACCCACUUAUGACAUACAGCCUCUACAAUGACUUCCUGUAUGCUGUGGAUUUGCCAGAAACGUCUGAGCGGUUGCGCGCUGUGUAUCGAAAAUUAGAAGAAUUACCUUCCUCAAACAUCUCUACUCUCGAGAGGCUUAUUUUUCAUCUUGUGAAAGUGGCAAAAGAGGAAGAGCACAAUCGAAUGUCAGCUGACUCCUUGGCUAUCGUGUUUGCACCCUGCAUUCUGCGCUGUCCGGAUUCAUCUGACCCUCUUCUUAGUAUGAAAGAUAUAAACAAGACCACCCUUUGUGUGGAAAUUCUGAUUAAGGAGCAAAUAAGGCGCUAUAAUCAGAAAAUGGAAGAAAUUCAGCAGUUGGAAAGUGCAGAAGCAAUGGCCGUUAAACAGCUCAAGCUCAGGAGACAGAACACGCAGAUACUUGUACGGCCGAUAUUAGAUUCAAAUGCUUCCUCAGAGGACAGAGCUGAGCUUGAAAUUGAAAAGAACCUGCUUGAGCGGAUCAAGUCCAUUAAGAAGGAGAAGAACAUUUUGGCCUACACGCUGCCUGAGUUUGACCGAGACAGCUCUGACGCUGAGAACAUGGACUCUGAAUCAUUAGUCAGCUCUGAAAGUCUACUAGAAGAUCAUUUUUCAAGUUUGGGCUUGGAAGCAAAUGAUGCCUUGAAGUGCUCAAAACCAGAGAAACCUGCUAAACCUCCUGAUUCAACACAUGACACCAAAACGGGGAGCAAACAGCCAACUGAGGGCCGAAACCAAAAUCGCUCUGCCUCACGCAGAGAUGGAGUCCAGUCUGUGUGUGUCAUUCAGAAGCAAAACAUUCCAGAAUCUGCUGUUUCUACAGGGAAUCAGGGCAAGAGACGAUUUUCCGACCUUGACAUUCCUUUUAUAGAUGAGGAAGAUUGACCUCGGGCAACAUCACACUGAACACAAUCUAAAAUCCAUAAUCUAUAUGCAAAUAUUUGUAUUCAUGCAACUGUCAGCAUUCCGUGUCUGAUCUCAUAGACACCCAGUUUGAGGAAAGAGUCAAAUGUCUUAGAGCAUGGGUGUCAAACUUCCUGGAGGGCCGCAUCUCUGAAAAGUUUAGAGUUAACACUGAUUAAACACGCCUGAUGAAACUAAUUGAGUCCAUCAGGCUUGUUUUAUACCUACAGGUAAGUGUGUUGAAGCAGGGUUGGAACUAAAUUGUGCAGAGCUGCGGCCCUCCAGAAACGGAGUAGGACACCUGUGUCUUAGAGCAUGUGAGUCAAACUAAAUUCCUGGAGGGUUCAGUUCUGUUCCAACCCUGCUUCAACACACCUAUCUGUAGGUAUCAAACAAGACUAAAGCAAUUAAUUAGUUUGAUCAGGUGUGCUUAAUUAGAGUUGGAACUAAACUGCAGAGCAGCGGCCCUCCAGGAACUGAGUUUGACCCAAGUGUCUUAGAGCACAGUGCGUUUAUGGAUUACUUUCACGAACAAAACGAAUCAUUUUUUAAAAAUACAUUUAAAGCCAUUAUUGUUCUGUAUGAUGUGUUGCUAGCAUUAUUUAAACUUUGCUUUGUAACCUUUCUAAACUUUUGGUAGUUUCAAACUGAGCCUAUAUAAUUGUUUUUAUAGGUGCAGGUUUGUUGAAUCUUUUCAAAAUCAGGAAAUUGCAGAAAACUCUUCAUCACCACAACAUUGAUUGUUUUAUGUGAAACUGCUGUAUGUGGUAUAAAUAGUUCUGAAACUCCAGUGUGUUCUCAGUGAAAAAGACCGAAUGAGUCUUGUGUGAAUAUUUUUAUAUUGUCAGUCUUUUUAUGAGGAAAUGUGAUGUUGGUAAUCAUAUGAUCACUUCCUAGUGCACUGCUGCAAGAUGUGACAUAUUUUUGUUAUUUUUAAAAUCUAAUGUCGGAUUCUGACAAUCUCCUCAGUCAAUUUGUGUCAUAAAAAGAUGUCAUUUAUGUUUUAUGUAUGUGUGGGCCAUAGAGAUGGUGAGGAGAAAUAGUUACAACAGGUGUUGAAACUAGUCAGUCGGUGAUGUAGAUUGUAAAUAUGAAAAUGUUUUAAGACCCCUGUAAUCUUGUCUCUGUCAAUUUUAUGUGAAAAUAUACAAAUGAUUUCUAAUUUUACUGUCAUCAUUUAAGAUAUCCAAUAUAAAGUUUAUCCAAUAUAAA